GUAACGCAAGCCAGGCACGUUCCUGAGACUGAGGGACAGCUGCCCGCGAGCCAGGCUCUAAACUUUAGACUAAAGGUCCCGACAAGGAACCACAGGGAGCAAGCCAAGAUGCCGCAAGCAUUAUAUCGAUCAAUACAGCCUAUGUUUAAAACAAAUAGGUGGCGCAUUUGCCGAGAUGACCUCGUUUACAUCCUGAGCGGGCCAGACAAAGGCAAGACCGGCAAGGUGCUAGAGAUCAUCAAAGACACACGGACGCCGCAAGUGAUCGUGGAGGGCCGGAACUUGAGAAAAAAGAAGGUGAAGACAGGCACUGGGCCGGAUGACUUCUUUGUCGUGACGAUGGAGGCGCCCCUCCACUACAGCCAGGUGCAGCUGGUGGACCCCCAGACCGGCAAGCCCAUGCGCGUCAUCUUCGCGUACACAGCAGAUGGGACCAAGGUGCGGUCACGCAAGGUGCCCAACCCCUCCACGGCGGACAUCAUUGCCACGCCUUCAGAGGAGGACCCGGACCCGCGCGUGGGGCUGACGGGCCCCAAGGACACGUCCGCGUCGCUGGCGCGCCAGGCCACCUACACGCCCAGCGCCGGUUUCCCGUUUCGUGUGCGCAACCUGGAGCGCAUAUGGGCGGAGCUGCAGCCAGACGCCGACCCACACGGUCGGGACGAGGAGGGCGGAGCCAGCACGAGCGGCCGCGGGGCUGAGGGCGGGAGGAGCGGCGCGCGCGUAAUCGACGUGGAGGUGGCGCUGCGAUCCGCAGGUGGCGAGGGAGCGAGGGCCACUGGAACGGGAGGCGCCGCGGCCUCUGCUUCGGCGGCGGCGGCGGCGGCGGAGCCACCGGGUGGCGGCGUGCGGGCGCACAGCACGUGUAGCGACGCGCGCGCCGGGCUGAAGGAGCUCGAGGGGGCAGAAGAUCUGUUGGAGCGGCUGCGGAGCGGACGGAGGCUGGGUGCGGCGGUGGCGGUGCGGCUGCCAAUGGGGACUGGCUUCGCGGCCUCUGGGUUGCUAUGCUCGAGUCGGUUGGGGAUCUGGGCGCAGUGAGCUAUGGGUGCGCCUGAGCAAGAUACGGUGAUGGAGCUGCCGGAAUGACCAGCGUGGGCCGUGGGUGAGAGCAGUUCCGUAGCCCUGCCUUGCAAGGUGGUAAGCACCAACUAGGUGUGUGCACUCUUCCGCAGCGGAUGUGUGCCGGAGUUCGUGGAGCAGUACAAGUAGCAGGAUCUGGGAAGACGGAUGGUGGGGGAUUGCAGUGACAAGAUACCAGCGACCUCGCGACAGUCAAUUGUCCAUGGACGCGCGAGGCCGCUUCUUGCUCCGGCUGAUUUCUCCCAGCUCAUGGGCGCUGUCUGAAAGUGUGCCACGGGUUAGUGCGGCCUGCAUGCCGCGGAUUUAUGCACCCAAACGGAUGACCCUCUGAAGGUUUGAACUCGCUGUCAACAAUUCAAGUUGGGUGAGAUUGGAACAGGUGUGCGUACAAUGGGGAAGCAAGGGCAUUGCGAAGUGCAACCUAGGACAGCGGUGGCUAGCUCUUGACUACGCGCUACAUGGCUAUGCAGCGCUGUCAGACCACAGCGAGUGUAAUGUGGCGGAUUAAGGGGCUUUAAUAGCG